AUGUUCCAAUAUGAGAGAAAUUAUAAUGUUUCUCAAGAGCGAGAUUGCCAUAUACAAGGAUUUUUACGUUUGAAGAAAAAAACUAGAUUUGGGCAUUAUAAACCAUCAAUUGAUGAAAAAAAGAAUAAAAUAAACGGUAUAAAGGGUUUUUUAAAGAUUGAUAAAAUACAUUUUAAACCUGUUGGAAAAGUUGAACAUGAUGUGGAACGAUUUUCUGAAUAUGAAUUUAUUAGAAAUACAAUUUCAAUUUCCAAUAAAAAACGAUUAACAAAUUGUCGAUGUAGCUAUGAAAAUUUAAAUGAUUUUUCAGAAUGUAAAUGGUGUACUUUGGAAUGUUGUUCUCAAC